AUGGCCGACUGGCAAGAAAUCCACAUCAUGAAGGGCCAGCAAGAUGAGCAGGGAGGAUCGGGGCAGGGCUUUGGUGUGGACGUCACCAUCGUUGCGGGAGUCUUCGCGCUCGUUGCCUGCCUCCUGACAAUUGCGACGAUCGUGGUUCAGGCAAAGAACUAUCGCAAACCCUUACUCCAACGCCAUGUCAUCCGCAUACUCAUCAUGGUCCCGAUCUUCUCUGCCGCUUCUUGGGCCUCGCUCACCUCGCUCAAAGUCGCCUUCUGGAUCGAUCCCUUCCGCGAUGUUUACGAAGCCUUCACCAUCUACACCUUCUUUCAACUCCUCAUCAACUUUCUCGGCGGAGAGAGGAGUUUGAUCAUUAUGAUGCAUGGCCGGCCACCUGUGUCACAUCUCUGGCCACUGAAUCACGUGUUCGGAAAGGUAGACAUCAGCGACCCGCAUACGUUUCUGGAGAUCAAGAGAGGGAUCUUGCAAUAUGCUGUUCUGAAACCCGUGCUAGCCAUCGCUACCAUAGCCUGCAAAGCAACCAGCACCUUCAAGGAGGGGGUUAUCGCUGUGGACUCGGGAUACUUCUGGACAGGCUUGGUCUACAACAUCAGUAUCUGUUGGUCGUUGUACGAUCUGGCCUUGUUCUGGGUCUGUAUGUCACACGACCUGCAGCCCUUCAGACCUAUGCCCAAGUUCUUGUGCAUCAAGGGGAUAAUCUUUGCUUCCUGGUGGCAGGGCUUCUUCCUUUCUAUCCUGGUCUGGCUGGGCGUAAUACCAAGUCUGGAAAAGCGGGGGUACACUGCGGACAAUCUGGCAGCUGCCAUUCAGGAUGCUCUCAUUUGCUUUGAGAUGCCCUUCUUCGCUGCCUGGCAAUGGUACGCUUUCAACUGGAAAGAUUACGCAGACAGGACAAUCAGCGAUGCAAGAAUGCCUAUUCGAUUCGCUCUUCGGGAUGCCUUUGGCGCACGAGAUCUGAUCGAGGAUUGCAAGGAGACCUUCACUGGGGCCAAGUACGAUUACCGGUACUUCGAUGCUGAAGACAACGUUAUGGCCCAUGAACAGUCCUCAAGUAGACGAGCGCGAAUGCGAGAAGGUAUGCGCUAUGAGAGGAAUGGUCGGGGCAAGUACUGGGUGCCCUCUCCAAAUGACCAUGCAAAGCAACCUCUGCUCGGUAAAUUCAGCCAUGCGAGGACGAUGAGCCCUGGCGGAGGGAAGGAUAGAUCGACAAGUCGAGGACACAACUACGGCACACAUACUGAGCCGGAUGAGCCAGAGCUGGACGCGGAAGAGGAGCGCCUCUACACCAACGCUCGAGCGCUCGAGUUUGGAGACUGGAACUAUCCGGUCAUCAAUACUCAUUAUGCAAGCAGAGAAGACCGCCUACAUAUGGAACCCAACAUUGUGUCGCAAUCAACAAAUCGGAGGCUUCUGCAGCCUACGCAGGAUCAGAAGCAAAGGCGCAAAAGCCGCAUCCAAGAUCUGCGGCAAAGCGUCCACCAACACGACCGACCUGAAACGUCCUCAUCCAAGAAGAGCGACGCCGAGAACAGCAGUGGUGACAGCGGUGAGGCUUCAUCCAAGGGCAAGGAAAAGCUGAAGCAGUUACCCGUCGUUGGCAAUCUCGUUCGCUCUUCGUCACACGACAGCCGCGACUCCUCCAAAUCCCACAGCUCCCAGCUUGUCGAUCUCGUCGUCGAGGUAAGCACAAAUCUUGCUCCCGUUGUGUGUCAUAUCCACCCACUGACAUCUCUCUUUGCCACAGGACCACGAAGCCGAAGAACUUGACCGUGUGCGCGCCCGUAAGGAGGGCGGACCGGGCUGGAACAGCAUUGAAUCAAAACACUUUGUCAAAACGUAUCCUGACGAAGAUGCCGCAGAGGAAGUCCGGCAGGGCUUCAAUCCCGAUGAACCCGAACAGAAGAUUCGAGAGGAGAACCAUUCGCUCGAGGAUCCGUUCGGUCUUGCUACGAACGAUGACGAGACACCUGUCAAUGAGCAGGAAGGCACGGAUCAGACGGGACACAGACAACCUUGGGAGGAAAGGAAGAUUGAGGGCUCAGAGGAUAGGGAAGGGGAGAGAAAUCCUUGGGCUGAGUAG